UGACGUACUUUGUGACGUUGAACGUCUGCGCCGGGUCAGCCACACGUGUUGUUUUCAUGGAAGAUUGAGUGCUUUAAGUGUGAUAUUUCUGCAUUGAAGUAAAGUCUAAAAAUACAGCAACAAAGAUGGGGAAGAAACUCAAAGUUGGAAAAACCAGAAAGGAUAAAUUCUACCAUCUGGCCAAAGAGACAGGCUAUCGCUCUCGUUCAUCCUUCAAACUUAUCCAGCUGAACCGUAAAUUUCAGUUUCUACAGAAAGCCAGAGCUCUGGUGGACCUGUGUGCGGCUCCUGGAGGAUGGUUGCAGGUGGCGUCCAAGUUCAUGCCUGUAUCCAGUCUCAUCAUUGGUGUUGACCUGGUGCCCAUCAAGCCCAUCCCCAAUGUGGUGGCGCUGCAAGAAGACAUCACCACUGACAAAUGCAGACAGGCUUUACGGAAGGAACUGCAAACUUGGAAGGUUGAUGUCGUGUUAAACGACGGAGCCCCGAAUGUGGGUGCCAACUGGCAACAUGAUGCCUUUUCACAGGCUCAUUUGACCCUCAUGGCUUUGAAGUUGGCCUGCGACUUUCUGACAAAAGGCGGCACUUUUGUCACCAAGGUCUUCCGCUCCAAAGACUACCAGCCGCUGCUCUGGAUCUUCCAGCAGUUCUUCAAAAAGGUGCAGGCCACCAAGCCGCAGGCGUCUAGGAAUGAGUCUGCUGAGAUCUUUGUCAUCUGUCAGGGUUUUCUGGCUCCAGAUAAAAUCGACAGUAAGUUCUUCGACCCCAAACAUGCGUUCAAAGAGGUGGAGGUCCAGGCCAAAACUGUGCGGGAUCUCAUUCCUGUCAAGAAGCCAAAGGCGGAGGGAUACAAUGAGGGCGAUCUGACACUCUACCACAGUUUCACAGUGACAUCUUUCCUAAAAGCUGACAACGCCAUCGACUUCCUAAACAAAGCCAGCGCGAUCACCUUUGAUGAUGCAGACCUGCAGUCUCACCCGGCCACCAGUAAUGAGAUAAAGGAGUGUUGUCGUGACAUUAAAGUGUUGGGACGCAAAGAGCUCCGUUUGCUGCUGAACUGGAGGUCCAAGCUGAGGAGGUUCCUGACCAAAAAACUGAAGUCAGAGGCCAAACCGUGUGACCCAGAUAUCAACUUAAGUUCUGAUGAAGAAAAGGGUGAUUCAGAUGAAGAACCAGACAAGAAGAAGAAGAAGGAGGAGGUGGAGGAGGAGAACGAGGAAGAUGACGACGAGAAAGAGGAGGAAGAAAUGGAUAAGAAGUUGGCAGAACUGAAAGCUGAGGAGGUGGCUGAUCUCAAACGGAAGAAGAGGAAGCUGCUGAAGGAGCGGAGGAAGCAGAGGGAGAGGGUGGAGCUGAAGAUGGACCUGCCUGGCGUCUCCAUCGCAGAUUCCAGCGACUCAUCCAUGUUCUCGCUCAGCACCAUCAAGAAGCAAAAGGCUCUGGCUGAUAUAUCAAAGGGGGACAUGCAGCUGGCGGACACCCUGGUAGAAGAAGACGAUGACCUCCAUCUGUCUGAGGAAGAGGAGGACGAAGCAGAUGAAAUUUCUCUGGCCUCUGAUUUAGACGACGACGACAUGGAAGAGGUGGAGCAGAGACAGAAAGCGCUUGAAAAGAAAGCGCCAAAGAAGAAAGUAAAGUUCGCUGAGGAAGAGGAGGAGGAUGAAGGGCAGGAUAGUGGCCUGCUGGUGGAACUGGAGGGAAAGGAUGAGAAGAAGGAACGAGAGACCAACCUGUGGUUCAGCAAGGGGAUCUUCUCUGAGAUCAACCUGGAAGGAGACGCAGAGAGCGAACUGCAGCAGACCGAGUGGCUUCAGAACAGACAAACAGUGAAAGGCAAGAAGAGGAAAGCUGAAGAGGAGGAGGAGGAGGUGGUGGUGGUGGAGAAGGCUGCUCCACCGGAGGAGGAAGAGGCGGGACCUUCAAAGGAAGCUGAAGAGAGUGACAGCGACUCGGAUGACAGCAGCGACGAUGAGAAAGAAAUCACCAAGAUGAAGCAGGCCGUUAAAGGGGCUGGUGGGAUGUCAGGAGAUGCCAAUGGCGAUGACUUCAAGGUUGUUCCUGUAGAAAGCACCAGUAAGAAGGCCAGGAUCCUGGAUGCAGAGGGUUUGGCCCUGGGCUGCCAGAUUGCUACAUCUAAGAAGAGAGCCAGGGACCUGGUGGACGGCUCCUUCCACAGGUUUGCGAGCUCUGACGAGCAGUGGGAGUUACCAGAGUGGUUCCUAACCGACGAACAGAAACACCGAAAGAAACCGGUGCCAGUCACAAAGGAGAUGGUGGAGGAGUACAAACAAAAAUGGAAGGAGAUCGAUGCCCGACCCAUCAAACGAGUUGCUGAGGCCAAAGCCAGGAAGAAGAGGAGGAUGCUGAAGAAGAUGGAGCAGGCUAAGAAGAAAGCAGAGGCAGUUGUCAACACAGUGGACAUCUCUGAGAGGGAGAAGAUGGCUCAGCUGAAGAGUAUCUACAAGAAAGCAGGCCUGGGGAAGGAGAAGAGAGAAGUAACAUACGUAGUGAGCAAAAAGGGAGCAGGCAAGAAGGUGAGACGGCCCGCCGGCAUCAAGGGAGCCUUCAAAGUGGUGGACGGUCGCAUGAAGAAAGACAUGCGGGGCAUGCAGAGGAAAGAACAACACUCUAAGGGAGGAAAAGGAAAAGGCGGCAAAGGAAGAGGAGGGCCGGCAAAGGGUGGCAGAGGAGGGAUGAAGGGUGGUAAAGGGCGUAAAGGAAGAUAGAUUUGAACCCGUAGCACUCACAGUGUCGCCUUUCUAAUAAUUAAAUAUUGCCUGCUCUCAUGUUGCAGGUGAGCAUUUAUGGAGCCUGCCACGGUUUGAGCUCUUGUAUCAUGUACAGAGGCCAAAAUGAGUUUUGGUCAUUUACAUGGGAGCCCUCUUUUUAUCAUCCCUUGCUGACGUCACUGAAAUGCCUUCAGAUAUGUUCCGUGGUUAUUUAAAUGCAGCUGUUCUGUACAUGUCUUUCUGAAGAUGACUGUCUUGAACUCUGUGAACGGAGUGGUUUCACUGAACUGUAAAUGUCAGAAAAUCUAGCUCAAAAUAACAACAAAUGUGUUCUCCGGUGAUGUUGCUAAUAAUGUAAAUAUUAUAUAAACAUUUUUGCAAUAAAACUUUUGUUGAAUCCUAAA